AUGGAGAUCAUUAUAACCGUUAUUUAUGUCUGUGUAUGUGACAACAGAACCUUAAACAUGGCGGAAACGAUGUCUGCUCAUAUGGAUCGACAUAAUAAGCUAGAAUAUGAAUGCUCAGAGGAUGACAAGAAGACAAAGAUGUGUACUCUGAAGAAGAAAGCCAUCAAUGCCUCGAACAAAUUUAAACACUCUUUCACCAAGAGAACUCGAAGGAACAGCCGAGUGAUGUCUGUCUCGAUCGUUGACGACAUCGAUGUUGAGGAGCUUCAAGCUGUCGACGCUUUCCGUCAGGCUCUAAUCUUAGACGAGAUUCUUCCAUCGAAACACGAUGAUCACCACACGAUGCUGAGGUUUCUGAGGGCAAGGAAGUUUGAUAUCGAGAAAGCAAAGCAAAUGUGGACUGACAUGAUCAAUUGGAGGAAAGAGUUUGGUGCUGACACAAUCAUGGAGGACUUUGAUUUCAAGGAAAUAGACGAAGUCCUCAAGUACUAUCCUCAGGGUUACCAUGGCGUUGACAAAGACGGAAGGCCUGUUUACAUUGAGAGGCUAGGCCAAGUGGAUGCCACAAAGCUGAUGCAAGUCACUACGAUCGAUAGGUACGUCAAGUACCAUGUGAGGGAGUUUGAGAAGACUUUCAAUAUCAAAUUACCUGCUUGCUCCAUUGCUGCCAAGAAGCACAUUGAUCAGAGCACCACGAUCUUGGAUGUGCAAGGCGUGGGGCUGAAGAACUUCAGUAAGGCUGCAAGGGAUCUUCUUCAGCGUAUCCAGAAGAUUGAUAGUGAUAACUACCCUGAGACGUUGAACCGUAUGUUCAUUAUCAACGCUGGUUCUGGCUUCAGGCUUCUGUGGAGCACUGUUAAAUCUUUCCUUGACCCGAAGACCACCGCGAAGAUUCACGUCUACGAUGAAACCGGAAAGCUCGUGUUCCUCAUGUACAGGUUCUUGGCAACAAAUACCAGAGCAAACUGCUUGAGAUUAUUGACUGCAAGAAAGUGCCCAAGGAAGACAUUGUCGAAUAUUGAAGAGAAGACAAUCUCUGUGUAUGAGAACACACCAAACAAGAACAAAUUCGAUGCAGGGAACGAGAAAUUCACACCUAUGGUUGACAAGACUGUGGAUGCUUCUCCUUGGCCUACAAAUUUCCACAAGACAAACUUUCCUGAGCCUGAAGAUUUAUACUCUGCCGUGAAGCCGUCAGAGAGGAAAGGAGGAGAAGGUUAUUUAUUCGGCGGCGUGAUGUCUUUGGUUAUGGGGUUAGUGACGGUGGUGAGGUUAACAAGGAACAUGCCGAGGAAGAUCACUGAGGCAGCGAUGUACGGGGCCGAAGCUGAGAAAGGAGAGAAGGCGAUGGUGUCGAGCCAAGAGUAUAUGUCGAUGGUGAAGAGAAUGUCGGAACUGGAGGAGAAGUGUAGGUCGUUGGACAAUCAGCCGGCGGCGUUUUCUCCGGAGAAGGAACAGAUUCUCACCGCCGCUCUUAGCCGAGUGGACGAGCUUGAGCUUCAGCUGUCUCAGACCAAGAAGACGCUGGACGAAGCCAUGGCUAGGCAGCAAGAGAUAGUGGAUUACAUCGAGAAGAAGAAGAAGAAAAAGAAGUUCUUUGGAUUCUGA